ACACAGGCAGGCUCGUUAAUGGAUUUCAGACGGGGUCGAACGGCGUGUGGAGAUAAACAUGGAGAGGAACGUUGGGUCGCUGCAGGAGCAGGCUCUGAAGAGAAAAGAGAGGCUGAAAGCGCUGAGAGACAAAAAACUUCACGGACGGGAGCAGGAAGACGAAGAACCGGAGAGCAAAAAGGCGGCAUUAGAGGAGACCCCUGAAGAAAAGCACAGAGAGCUGAAACUGAGGAAUUACACUCCAGAGGAUGAAGAGCUAAAAGAGAGGCAGGUACCCAAAGCCAAACCGGCUUCAGUGGAAGACAAAGUAAAAGAUCAGCUUGAGGCAGCUAAUCCUGAGCCCAUAAUCGAAGAAGUGGAUUUGGCCAAUCUCGCUCCAAGAAAACCAGACUGGGAUCUAAAGCGUGAUGUGGCGAAGAAACUGGAAAAGCUGGAAAGGCGAACGCAGAGGGCCAUCGCCGAGCUCAUCCGGGAUCGCCUGCGAGGCAGUGAGGAGGAGUUGGCCGGAGCGGUGGGAGCGGUAGGAAUGGAGGAAGGAGACUCGGACUGAAUACGUGAUUUAACCGAGGGGGGGGACCGAACAGGAAGACGUCGGUUUGCUGUGGCGUCGCAUGUGAGCUGUACGUUUUGAGGCCGAUGGCUUGGUCCUGCAGAGGAGAGGGGCAGAUGGUUCUUGUCAGCCCCUCUUAUAAGUCAGGUGUUAGCAGAAAUGUUCUGUACAUGUGGUUUCUGAUGGUGCAUUUUCAUCUAAGCAACAAUAUUUUUUUAAUUAUGUAAAAUAAAAUCAUUUUUGAAUUGUCUGGAUUUCUUUGUGAAAUAAAUGUUUAUUUGAACCUAAAGUAGAAGGUUUUUGGAGUUAAGCACAAUAGUUCAUAAGCGAGUUUCCUACAUAGUCGUGAGGUCUAGAAUUUGUGCUUCUUUCUAGGUUAGGGUUAAUUUGGAAGAAGAAGAGAGUGUGAGGGGAAAAUAAAUGUUUCCAGGCUUCA